AACUAUCUUCAAACUGCUAACACAGUAUCUGGUAGAUCAUCAAAAAAAUGUCAUUAACUACCCCAAACCAAAACAAGUUCAACCCCAUCAUUUCGUAACAGACAUUACAUCAGAUCAAAAGUAAUUUCAACCUCCCAAACCCAGGUUGAUACUUAGGGGCACGCACCGAGAUGUUUGGCACCAGAUAUGUGCCUUUUUUGCUCGGAAAAUAUUUCUUGCAUGCAUUCAUUUGGGCUUCCCUCACGUAUCGGACCAACGCACCGCCGAAAAGCCCAAAACUCAACCCAACGUGGUAGCUUAUAAAAGCUUUCGCCAGAACGUUUUUACGAGUUUACGCGUUCUGACCGUCUCGCUGGAAGAGAUCGGCCGAGAAAAUGAUCGUCCGCGUCGUGGUUCCGUUGCUCCUGUGCUGUUGGCUAUCGUGCGAAGCCAUCUCCGGUUCGGAACUGAACAGUAUCGCUUCCGAUGUCGGUGUCGAUUCGAAGCUCGAGAAACGCUCGGUGCGGCACGAUACGGCCACUCCCAGUAAGGAUGCCGCGUGGAACGAGCUGAUGGCGAAUUUCCGGAGAGCGCAGGCGGAUGACAAGGUGAAAACGAAACCAGGCAAAGUUGAGGCUACGACGGACGAAGUGAAACGGGACAGUGAACGGUCGAAGAAGAAGAAAAAGAAGAAGAGUUCGGCAGCGAAGUUUGACAGUGCGGAGCAGACGUUGAAGGAGAUGGAACGCACUGGCCAUUUGGAUAAGAUAAUGGAACCAGUGGCGGAGAAUAAGCAUGAGAAGAACAAGAAGAAGGAACAGAAAACACAAAAAGAUGAUUUUAAAGAAAAAUUAAACAGUUUUUUGGAAAAGUAUUCAAAAGACUCUGGUGAAUAUUCGAAGAAUGUGCUGCAAAAAAUUGUGAAGGACUCGUUGAAAGACGAAGAAGAUCGAAAACGGUUGAUCCAGUACUUGAUACAGAACGAAGAACAUUUCGACAAGUAUAUCAGUGGUUUUAUGAAGAGCGAUGAAAAGGACAGAGGUCGGAGUAAGGGUAAAAUGCCCGAGUAUGCCAUUGCUAUGACGCAUGCUCAAAAGGAUGCUCAGAAUAAAGCUGUGUCUGAAGGAGUGAAAAAGGUGAAAACGCAAGAACCCAAGCCAACUGAUGUUAAGAGCGAUCUGGUACUGUCCAAAAUGCUGCACAACUUGGAUAAUUACAAGCAUUCUAUCCAUGAAUUGGAAACUGAUGGAAAAAGAGUAGACAGACACCUUGAAGAUCAGGGUGAUGCAUUUUCGGUACUGUUUGGCAGAAUACGAGGACACAGAACGACCACUACAAGUGUGCCAACCACAACGACGACACCAGCAUCACCGACAACAACUUCGUGUACAUGUCCGACAACCACGGUGGCAACUACGACAACAACGGAGGUAAGCACAACUACCACAGAAGUUAUCGUAGGUCAACCAAAUUUUACAACCACUACUCAGGCUCCUACAACCACCACAACAACAGAGGCGCCAACAACAACUACUACUGAAGUUACAACUACUACUACAGAAGCGCCUACUACAACCACAACAGAGGAAACUACUACAACCACAGAGGUGACAACUACAACUGAAGCCACUACUACCACUACUGAGGAGCCCACCACAACUACAACAGAAGUGACUACCACGACUACGGAAGAGACUACGACUACUACUGAAGAGCCUACUACGACGACGACUGAAAUCACUACCACGACUACCGAAGAGACUACGACCACUACUGAAGAGCCCACUACGACAACGACUGAAGUAACUACAACUACUACUGAAGAGCCUACUACGACGACGACUGAAGUGACUACCACGACCACUGAAGAAUCUACGACUACUACUGAAGAGCCUACUACGACGACGACUGAAGUGACUACCACGACCACCGGAGAGACUACGACUACUACUGAAGAGCCUACUACGACAACGACUGAAGUAACUACGACUACUACUGAAGAGCCUACUACGACGACGACUGAAGUAACUACCACAACUACCGAAGACACUACGACUACUACUGAAGAGCCUACUACUACGACGACUGAAAUCACUACCACGACUACCGAAGAGACUACGACAACUACUGAAGAGCCCACUACGACAACGACUGGAGUAACUACGACUACUACUGAAGAGCCUACUACGACGACGACUGAAGUGACUACUACGACUACCGAAGAGACUACGACCACUACUGAAGAGCCUACUACGACGACGACUGAAGUGACUACUACAACUACCGAAGAGACUACGACCACUACUGAAGAGCCUACUACGACGACGACUGAAGUGACUACCACGACUACCGAAGAGACUACGACUACUACUGAAGAGCCUACUACUACGACGACUGAAAUCACUACCACGACUACCGAGGAAACUACGACCACUACUGAAGAGCCUACUACGACGACGACUGAAGUGACUACCACGACUACCGAGGAGACUACGACUACUACUGAAGAGCCUACUACGACGACGACUGAAGUGACUACGACUACUACUGAAGAGACUACGACCACUACUGAAGAGCCCACUACAACAACGACUGAAGUAACUACCACUACUACUGAAGAGCCUACUACGACGACGACUGAAGUGACUACCACGACUACCGAGGAGACUACGACUACUACUGAAGAGCCUACUACGACGACGACUGAAGUGACUACCACGACCACCGAAGAGACUACGACUACUACUGAAGAGCCUACUACGACGACAACUGAAGUGGCUACUACGACCACCGAAGAGCCUACUACGACGACGACUGAAGUAACUACCACGACUACCGAAGAGACUACAACUACUACUGAAGAGCCUACUACGACAACGACUGAAGUAACUACCACGACUACCGAAGAGACUACGACUACUACUGAAGAGCCUACUACUACGACGACUGAAGUAACUACCACGACUACCGAAGAGACUACGACUACUACUGAAGAGCCUACUACUACGACGACUGAAGUAACUACCACGACUACCGAAGAGACUACGACUACUACUGAAGAGCCUACUACUACGACGACUGAAGUAACUACCACGACUACCGAAGAGACUACGACUACUACCGAAGAGCCUACUACGACGACGACUGAAGUAACUACGACUACUACUGAAGAGCCUACUACAACGACGACUGAAGUGACUACCACGACCACCGAAGAGCCUACUACGACGACGACUGAAGUGACUACCACGACCACCGAAGAGCCUACUAUGACGACGACUGAAGUAACUACCACGACUACCGAAGAGACUACAACUACUACUGAAGAGCCUACUACUACGACGACUGAAGUAACUACCACGACUACCGAAGCGACUACGACUACUACUGAAGAGCCUACUACUACGACGACUGAAGUAACUACCACUACUACCGAAGAGCCUACUACGACGACGACUGAAGUAACUACGACUACUACUGAAGAGCCUACAACAACGACGACUGAAGUGACUACCACGACCACUGAAGAAACUACGACCACUACUGAAGAGCCUACUACGACGACGACUGAAGUGACUACCACGACCACCGAAGAGACUACGACUACUACUGAAGAGCCUACUACGACGACGACUGAAGUAACUACCACGACUACCGAAGAGACUACAACUACUACUGAAGAGCCUACUACGACGACCACUGAAGUGACUACCACGACCACCGAAGAAACUACGACUACUACUGAAGAGCCUACUACGACGACGACUGAAGUAACUACCACGACCACCGAAGAGCCUACUACGACGACGACUGAAGUAACUACGACCACCGAAGAGACUACGACCACUACUGAAGAGCCUACUACGACAACGACUGAAGUGACCACCACCACCACUGAGGCAACUACGACAACUGAGCCUCCGACCACGACCACCACGGCGGCGCCUCCUCCGCCCACAACACCCUGCCCCCACGUACCACCGCACCCGUCGAAGAAGCUAUCAUGCCCGUCGUGCUUCCGCAUCCUGAACCGGCUGCUGAACAAAGUGGACGGUUACCCGUUCCGGACGGAGCGUACGGCGGCUGCCGGUAUGCGGCCGGAGGACUACACCCUGGGCAGUGUAAUUGUGCCGCGACGGAGAACCCUCACCAGGCUGGGACUCGACGGUGACCCGGUGACCAAACACGUCGACCCGCCGGGAUGGCACAGCGUACCGAAGAACCGUCUGCUCAAAGGCAACAUCAAACUGGGGCCCACGAUACGGAGGAAAAAGUACGCCCAUCAGAUUUGUUUCCCCUUAGAUAAUAAUUAUACGUUGUUAUGAAAGUGGCCGUGCCGUUUUCCGUGUGUGUCUGAGUUGUCCGCGUUGUAUCACAACCCCCUUUCGGUAUUGCGCAACCGAGCGAUGCCGAAGCAAAAGAAACAAAACGCAUUCCACGAGGUGGUAAUGAACUUGUUCCGAACGGAUUGUUGCUAUUUGCCAACACGAUUUGAUUAGCAUUUUGUCAAAUCGUGCAUGCGUCAAACGCAAACAAGCUCCUUUCCAAUGAAUUGUGCGCGAAAAAGCCGCUGCACGUUCAAAUUAGGCCUUCAAGGUCGGCUGCGGAGAUAAUCCUUCGAGUUGAAGCUUAGGAAUUCAACUGCUAAACAAUGGUCAACUCGUGGCUGCUCCCUCUCGUAAUAAAGGUGGGAAUGGCGUCUCAUUAUGUGAUCUUGAUCCAAUAGCAGCACAUUCCAUUGUUCUGUCUCCGUCCAAGUCUCCGUCCGUAUAAGCGAGGCGCGACAAUCAGGGCGCUUACGCUUAGCGCUCCAAUUUGGGAUUAAUGAGGAAGUGCUCUACGCGGCUCCAGCCAGCAGUCGAGCUAUUGAAGAGUUCAAUUUAUUCAUCAAACCGUCAGUCGGAGGGAUUAAUGGGGACGGUGAUCUGACACACGUUAUUGUUUGCUAUUCGUCCAUCCAUCACCAAGUUGAUGGUUGGGAACCAGCGCCCGUGGUGCCGCAAAAACUCUCGAGACGUAAGAACUUUUUUCUGCUACGGUUAUUUGAUCUUGUUUCUUUUUUGUGUGUUUAAUGUGCGUGUGAGAACCGGGUGUCGGUUGCGAGCAAUUGAUUGCAGUGGAUGUGGUCUUGUUGGUAGAUUUUAGCAGUUAGGUAGACGUUGUAACGCUUAAGAAAACCUGAUUCGAUGAAUGUUAAUUCGCGAAUCGUAACAAGGUGUGGAUCGAAAUUAAAGGUCAGUUGUUUUCUGUAGGAAGACAAUGGUGUAUGUGCGAUUAGCUAAACCAGUUCAUCGAAAUUUUAUUUAUAAGAAAAACGUAUGCCUUUUUAUAGCUUCAGUUCAACUCGAUUAAUCUCACUGUCCAUAUUUAGCUUAGCAUGCCUCAUUAAUUUGCUGAUUGUUUGAUUCGUUACACUCUUGUUAUCUUAUCUUGUAUGUGUAUAUCGUAAUCCGGGGUAACAUUGAUCACAAUUUUCAAUUUUUCUGGACUAAUUCUCUUGUUAAAGCAAACGUUACGUGUUCUUUAUUUUUAAAACAAGUACUGGCCCUCUGAGCAUGUGUAAAGCUACUCAAACAAGUAUUGUGAAACUUUAAAACAUGUUAAAAUAGGCUUUCAAAUCUAAUUUCUGAUAAGGUCGAUUUGGGAAAACAUG